AUGCGUCAAAAUCUUGAUUCUCUAAUCUUGAGAGGCGGCCGUCUACUCCAACAAUUUGUUGUCGAUAACUGUGUCAAAAUGCAAGCCAAUAAUUUGAGGUGGAUUUCACUCAACCAAGAUAAGAUACGUGCUGAUUUAUACAAGGGUUUAGAGGAUUCUUUACAUGCUGGAGAGCAUAACACAGAAAAUGUUGGACGACGGACCAUACUACCAUCUUCAUUCGUAGGAAGUCCAAGAGAUUUGCACCAGAGGUAUCAAGAUGCCAUGGCAUUGGUUCAUAAGUUCGGCAAGCCCGAUAUAUUUCUUACAAUGACAUGCAACCCGUCUUGGCCAGAGAUACAAUCAGAAUUGUUGGCCGGACAAGUACCAAACGAUCGUCCAGACCUGUUGACACGGGUUUUUCAUGCCAAACUUGAAGAGUUGAAAAUGGAUGUUUUAGAAAGGGGCAUCCUCGGAACGGUUGUUGCUUAUGUAUAUGUGAUUGAAUUCCAAAAGAGGGGUCUUCCACAUGUUCAUAUGUUAUUGAUUCUUGAUCAGAAUGACAAGCUAACCACUCCGGAUGACUUUGACAAGAUUGUGAGAGCAGUAAUUCCCGAUGAACAAGUGGAACCAAAAUUGUAUAAGGCAGUUCUUAAACACAUGAUUCAUGGCCCAUGUGGUGUUCUCAACCACAAAUCCCCAUGUAUGAAACAAGGAAGUUGUAAGAAAGGAUUCCCCAAGGAAUUCUCCAAUGAUACAAAGCAAGGCAAUGACUCAUAUCCUCUUUAUCGCCGUCCACAAGAUCGUCCAGCAGCACCAUUGCGUGAAAAUUCACGAGUUCGUGUAGAUAAUCGGUGGGUAGUCCCAUAUAAUCCAUUUUUGCUCCUAAAAUAUGAUUGCCACAUCAAUAUUGAGAUAUGCAACAGCAUCAAGUGUGUCAAAUAUCUGUAUAAGUACAUCCAUAAGGGUUCAGAUAGAGUCUCUAUGGAAGUUCAUAACGGAGAUGAGAUUGCACAAUAUGUUGAUGCACGGUGGAUUUGUGCACCCGAAGCUAUGUGGAAACUUUACAAAUUUCCCAUGACUAGAAUGUGUCCUUCCGUAGACCGUUUGCAGGUUCAUUUGCCAAACAUGCAUCAAGUGAGGUUCGAAGCGAACCAACCAAUCUCAAGCGUGUUAGAGAACCCAAGAAACUCUAAGACGAUGCUCACUGAAUUUUUCAAGAUGAAUUCGGUUGAUCCAAAUGCAAGGAGAUAUCUUUAUCGAGAAUUUCCAGAGCAUUACAGGUGGUUAUCGACUUCACGUGAAUGGCAAAAGAGAAAAAGUCAACAACGGGUUUUGGGUCGAUUAUAUGUAGCUUCACCGUUGGAAGGAGAACGGUUUUAUAUGAGAAUGUUACUCAAUCAUGUGAGGGGGCCUACGUCGUUUGAACAUUUAAGAACGGUCAAUGGUGUCACACACCCAACAUUCAGGGCCGCAGCUGAAGCCCUCGGUCUAAUCGAAAAUGAUGAAAGCAUUCGUCAAUGUCUUUCAGAAGCAUGUUCGGUACGAAUGCCAACUGCAUUACGUCGAUUAUUUGCAACCAUCUUGGUAUAUUGCCAACCAACAGGAUUGCAUUCAUUGUGGGAUGAGUUUUUCCCUUACAUGGUUGGGGAUUAUCCAACUUCCAACACAACAAACAAUUGUGUUUUUCUCACUAACAAACUUUUGCAGGACUUGGAUAGGUUAUUGCGACCGCUCAUAAAAAGGAUUUCUGACUACACGGAGUUGCCAAGUUUACCUGAAACUACUGAUGACAUAGACGAGCUUCCUUCUAUCAUAGAGGAGUACUUUUCUAUUCCGGUUCCAGAUGAGGAUUUAGCAUGCGUUGCCACUCUCAAUAGUGACCAACAAAUUGCAUACGAUACAAUAAUGAAUGCUGUCAUUUCAAAGGCUGGUUGUUCUUUCUUUGUUGAUGGUCCUGGCGGCACCGGGAAAACAUUUUUAUACAGAGCCCUUCUUGCUACUGUAAAAAGUAGAGGCGAAAUAGCUAUUCCCACUGCAACGUCUGGAAUUGCAGCAACGUUGUUGCACCAGGGAAGAACAUAUAUCACAUUCGACUUUUCAGCUUCCACUUAA